GGAGCCGGCAAAGUUCAUUGCUUUCUCUCUCCAAGUUUUCAGAGGUUUCGUUUUUUCAAAGAAGAAUUUCUUUCAACUUGACAAUUCAAGGUUUCAUUUCAACUCGCUUCUUUUGUCGUUACUCGUCAUAAUAAUAAGUAUAGUAUUAGUGCAAAGAACAUGGCCAAAUUAAUUUGAUUGUUCUUUGAGCGAACUAACCUUGUGCCUUAUCAGAUGCAUGUGAUUAUUUAUAAUGUGAACUGUAACUCUGUAUGUUUUUAAAAUCUAAUUGAGUUGGUCAAGUUCUAAAUACAAAUAUAAAUUAAUUAUUCUUUUAAUUAUCUUACUCUCGCUCCCCCUUGUCAUGGGCAUUUUGGAACGGCGGAUUACGCCACAACAAUUAUUGUCCUUUGCUAAUAUUUAUACCCAUGCAAUAAAGGAACGCUGGAGCCCAAAAAUGCUUAAAACUUAUGCUAAAAACAACCCCACCCCCUGCCAUCAGCAGAUAAUCCGUUCAUUCUCACGAUCAAUCUCCUCCCCCAAAGAAAGGAAGACCCAACCCCACAAAGGUCACGUUAUUACGUCAGUGCCUAGUUGUCUUACCCUCCCAAUGUCACAAGUUAUAAUGAUAAGUAAGUGCUUUAGCGGAAAACCGGUAGAAAAUGGCGUCCAUUGUUGGAAGUGCAAGCAAAAGUUGGAGAGUGGUUCGGAGUUGGAUUACCUUCUCUGUUCCGGGUGUGGGAGCCCUCAGCGUGUGGUUGUGGGUGGUGAUGGCGAUACUCGGCGUGGGGUGUGGAGACCUUCCUUCUACGAGUUGCUGGGCGUGAAGGAGCAAAGUUUCGCCGUGGACGUGGACGAGCUGGCUGCGACUGUGAGGAGACUCCAGAAGAAACUGCACCCAGAUCUCUUUGCCGGCAAGGGAAAGGAGGAGGAGGAGGCGAGCCAAGAGCUAUCUUCUCUGAUUAACAAGGCAUUUUCCACUCUGGCGAGCCCCAUUGAUCGAGGUCGCUAUCUUCUCCAGCUCCGGGGGGUGAAGGACCCUCUGGGGGACAUUGAAAAGGAGAUCACCAGCGAGCCUACCUUCCUUGAAGAAGUGAUGACCCUAAAUGAAAGGCUAGAGGAACUCGAAUCAGAAAAAGACUGGCGACACUUUAGAGAGGAAAAUGACAAGGUUUUGACGCAAUUGCAAAGUGACCUUAAUGUUGCAUUCACGGAGAAUAAGAUUGAUGAAGCCAAGAUAAUUUUGGCAAGAAUGAAAUAUUUCGACACACUUCAAAGCAAAUUGAAGGAGCUCAAGUCCAAGCUAAACAUUGUGGAAUAACUAAUCAAUAAAAUGUAUCGGGUUGAUGGAUUAUAUUAAUUUUGUGACUGAGCAUAAACUAUCUGUAGUAUAGAUUCUGUACUGUUAAAAUCUAUAUUUUUGGGUGCAGGAAGUACAUCUGAAUAAAUCUAGUCUAGUCUUUACCAAUAA